GAGGUUGAAAUUAUUUGAAGAAGUUAUCCUUUACCCAUAUGGAUAAAGUAUUUAAAUGUGUAAAGCUUUUUCCCUUGAAACUUUAUAUACAUUUUCACGUAUAUGUGUAAACUUAAAAUUUUACAAUUAGAAAAGCAGUAAAACUAAUUCAGAACAUUUACUUAGGCAUGAGACAGAUGGUAAUCCUAUAAAAAGAUGGCAUGUAUUUUUGGAUGUGCAAACAGAAAAACAGAUACUCUUAAAAAUUUUAGAGUAAUCUUUGCCUAGAAUAUGAAGGGAAGAGAGAAAAGACCAUAUGGCCUAAUAGAACUUUUACAGUUUGUAAUGUCUAGGAUUGCAUUUUGUUUCUUUAAUAUUAGUAUUGAUUAAUAGCUUACAAAUAUGGAUUGGUAGUUGAAAAAGGAGUAAUUUUCAAGUAGGUAAUUGCCAGGUACUUUUACCGUGGUUGCUAGUCUCUCGUGUUUUGGGAUAUGGUGGGAAGCAGGACUAUUUGAAUCUCACAUUUAGUAGGGUUAAUCAGUUACUGAUUCUAGCAGUUAUAAUAUUUCAUUAUGCUUGGGUAGAAGACACGCUACUAAGACACUGAGUUCACCUAAUAUACAACUUAAUUUACUAUUCAAAAGUAACGGGUGCUUCAAAUAUUUUGUUUUUUAUUUUUUACAACUUACUCCAAAACGUAGUACAUGACAGUAGACUUUUAAAAAUUGGUUCUUCCUUUUGGGGACAUGGUAUUACUGAUCCCCUGAUAGGUUGUCUGAUCUGAAUGGUUUUUAGUAAGAAUGAUUCCAUCUGCAGACCACCCAAAUCUUACCUGUAACUAAAAGGAGACAAUUGUCAGGUUCUCUCUCUCCUGUCAGUUCCCACCUUAUGUACCAUUACAUUACAGAAGCGUUGAUACUACAAUUUAUCUGUUCAUACAUCUGUCUCUCCUACUGGAUUGGGCGACCAUCAGUUAUUUAUUAAUCUGUGUAUUGCCACACAGGGCUAAGCCAAGCUGACUCCGCGGAGGCCGGCCGAGUAGGGGCUUAGUAAAUGCAGAGUGAAUUCAUGAAUCGGAUCAAAGCUAGAGCCCUAGUCUUGUGCCAAGAAACUGAGUGGUGCUAAACUGCUGGUUUGGGAGGCUAGAAUCUUGUUCUGAGCUUUAUUAGCAUUUCGCUCAAGUCAAGCGAGUCAUCUUGUCAAGGCAUACUCUGAUGGUUGCAGAGAAGGCAGAACAUGGCCUUGGAGGAAAGAAAACAUUCCACACGAUUUAAACACAAGGCCUUUGCAAAGUAGUGUUAGGAUCACUUAACGUGGUUUAUGGAACCAAGAUUUUUUCCUGUGAAAUGACUUUCAGAAAGUCUCUACAGAAUUGAAAUCCUGUCAUUUCAGUGUAGAACAAUGUACAAAAAAAGUUUAGAAAAUAUAUUUCUGGAUAUAGAAGUAAAAAUUUGCCAUGGGAAAUUGCAAAAAAAGAAGAGUAAGAAAGAAUAAUUCUGGAAAUUACGUUUCAUAAUAUUCCAAAUAGAUCAAAACUAGACACAUGGGUGUACUUAAGAGAUGAAGCUUUUCAGCCCACAUGCAUUGGGCUUCUUCCUCCUCUGUGCAUUGGGAACUUGAAGGUGAAUGAUUCUUGUUCUGAAGGAACAUCUCUAUAUAAUGAAAUUCUUUUUGUUUAUUUUGACACAUGCUUAAAUAUUUAAAAUAUGCAUAAGUUGUUGAGUUGACUAGGCUUGUUACUGCAGUUCUAUGGAACGCCUUUACUGUCGUCCUGGGACAUGGGCGGGCAGCAGAGGAGCAACCGGGGUCAGUGCUGAAGGAGUGGACUCCGCUAGAGCCCAGCUGGGAAGGACGUGCACACUGGCCCACACGUUAGAGAUUAUACCAAAAAGCGAGGUGCCAAAAGAAAUAAAGAAAAUGGCUCCAAAGGUUAAAUGAAGCAGGAAAAAUACAUAGAUGCAGCCUUGCAGCCUCUCCAGAUGUUUGGGGAUAAUAUUCCAGAUAGAAAUUUUGAUCCCUUGGAUUAGGUAACUAGUCAUAAUGAAGAAAAUUAGUCUUAAAACCUUACGGAAAUCUUUUAACUUGAAUAAAAGUAAAGAAGAAACUGAUUUCAUGGUAGUACAACAACCAUCGCUAGCCAGUGACUUUGGAAAAGAUGAUUCCUUGUUUGGUAGCUGCUAUGGUAAAGAUAUGGCCAGCUGCGAUAUCAACGGUGAAGAGGAAAAAGGCGGAAAAAACAGAUCGAAAAGCGAGAGCCUGAUGGGUACGCUCAAAAGGCGGCUUUCUGCAAAACAGAAGCCGAAAGGCAAGGCGGGCACGCCCUCUGGGAGCUCUGCCGACGAGGACACCUUCUCCUCCUCCUCAGCGCCCAUCGUCUUUAAAGACGUGAGAGCUCAGAGGCCGAUCAGGUCCACCUCGCUCCGCAGCCAUCACUACAGCCCCACGCCGUGGCCUCUGCGGCCCACGAACUCCGAGGAGACCUGCAUCAAGAUGGAGGUGAGAGUCAAGGCCUUGGUUCACUCUUCCAGCCCGAGUCCAGCCCUGAACGGCGUCCGGAAGGAUUUCCACGACCUCCAGAACGAGACCGCGUGCCAAGAGCAAGCCAAUUCCCUGAAGAGCUCGGCUUCUCAUAACGGAGACCUGCAUCUCCACCUGGAUGAACAUGUGCCUGUCGUUAUUGGACUUAUGCCUCAGGACUACAUUCAGUAUACUGUGCCUUUAGAUGAGGGGAUGUAUCCUUUGGAAGGAUCGCGGAGCUAUUGUCUGGACAGCUCUUCUCCCAUGGAAGUGUCUGCGGUUCCUCCUCCAGUGGGCGGGCGCGCUUUCCCCGAAGAUGAGAGUCAGGUAGACCAGGACCUGGUUGUCGCCCCAGAGAUCUUCGUGGAUCCGUCCGUGAAUGGCUUGUUGAUUGGCACCACGGGAGUCAUGUUGCAGAGCCCGAGAGCGGGUCACGAUGAUGUCCCUCCACUCUCACCAUUGCUACCUCCAAUGCAGAAUAAUCAAAUCCAAAGGAACUUCAGUGGACUCACUGGCACAGAAGCCCACGUGGCUGAAAGCAUGCGCUGUCAUUUGAAUUUUGAUCCGAACUCUGCUCCUGGGGUUGCAAGAGUGUACGACUCAGUGCAAAGUAGUGGUCCCAUGGUCGUGACCAGCCUUACAGAGGAGCUGAAAAAACUUGCAAAACAAGGAUGGUACUGGGGACCCAUCACACGUUGGGAGGCAGAAGGGAAGCUAGCAAACGUGCCAGAUGGUUCUUUUCUUGUUCGGGACAGUUCUGACGACCGUUACCUUUUAAGCUUGAGCUUUCGCUCUCAUGGUAAAACACUUCACACUAGAAUUGAGCACUCAAACGGUAGGUUUAGCUUUUAUGAACAGCCUGAUGUGGAAGGACAUACGUCCAUAGUUGAUCUAAUUGAGCAUUCAAUCAGGGACUCUGAAAAUGGAGCUUUUUGUUAUUCAAGGUCUCGGCUGCCUGGAUCUGCAACUUACCCCGUCAGACUGACCAACCCAGUGUCCCGGUUCAUGCAGGUGCGCUCGUUGCAGUACCUGUGUCGUUUUGUUAUACGUCAGUACACCAGAAUAGACUUAAUUCAGAAACUGCCUUUGCCAAACAAAAUGAAGGAUUAUUUACAGGAGAAGCACUACUGAAAGAUGAGAACCCUGCAUCUUGCACUUUGGGAAUAAGAACAAAAGAUUGAAAUACAGUUUACAGACUUUCAUUGCCAUCAAAAUAUUUUGCUGCCAUUACUAUUUCAGUUUUAUGUGUAAAAGAGUCAUCAGUUUGUUUAGGGGUCGGGAAAUGUCAGCAAGGUGUCUUGGGUUUAUUUUGGUUCUUUAAAAAGGGAAGUCUUGAGGUUUUAGAGGUGUGAAUUAUCUUUCAUCAAUGUGCAGAAUAAUCACAAUGUGAAUUAUCAAAUUCUCCUAAUGCCCCUCCCCCCAGUCCUUUGCUGCUAUCCACUGUGAUUUUUAUGCAUUAAAAGCACAUUUCAUGUGUAUUCAACCCUAAGUAAAGCUGAAUGAAACUUACAGAAUGGAAAUUGCUAUGUCUUUUUAAAUGGCCCAUUUUCAAAAGAUAGUGUUGAAUAAACAUACCUGGUGUAAUAAAACACAGAAUUUACUAUACACUGAAGAUGAGUUUUUAAUCUCUUUAAAAAGAUUUAUUUAGAAUCGUGAAUUGACAUAAUCUUGGGUAAUGGAACGGAGAUCUGCAACUUAUCUUUUAACAACACUUUUUUCUAAAUUAUUUCUAAGGUUGUGCUAAUUCUUUUGGUUGUGAAAAGUUGAAUUUUUCUGUUGCCUUCAUUUUCAUCUUAUAGUUUGUCUAUUUUAAUAAAUGGCCUUACAGUAAAAAAUUGUAAAGAAAUGUAUACCACCAAUUUAGAAAUUGUUGCCUUUUCUGUAAUUGAACUCGGGUACAAAUUGGCGCAUAACAUGAAAACCUAUGGAACUAGAAUUAUUAUUAAAGAAAUAGUAGAUGAUCAUAGCUUCCUGUGAUAGCAUUUUUUGGUGUGUUACCUAUACUUUUGGUAAAAUGUUUUAUCUGUGAUUUCUUUCGCUUAGUCAGCAUUUUCUUGGGUGAACUUGAUUGUCAACUAAUUUUCAUAAAUGAACUGGAUUCUCUUGCAACAUUAAUGUUUAUAAAAAGUUUUAAAUUGAUUUGAAUAGAAAGAAAACAUUGUUUUAAAGUUGGACUUAUAUUUUUCUUCUAUGUAGUUACUAUAACAGUGUGCUGGAUUUGACCAAUCCUUACCCCCACUAUAAAGAGAACCCUUGAUGACUUUGGUUUAAAAAUCGUGGAAAUUGUGGAGCAAUUUUUCUCACAAUGUGAGAAAAAUUUUAAACCAUAUUCGAUAAUGAUGUGGAAGUCAUAUUGUCUUUCAUGUAUACUGCCAUUUAAAGAUAGGUUUUUAAAAUUUAGCUAAGUUUUAAGUAAUUUGCCAUUGCUAAUUUAUCUCCUUGAGUCGGUUGUUGGGGAGGGAUGUUAUAUUCAAUGAUUUUUAGUUAUUUUGAAAUGCAGAGUGUUUAUUCAUUUCACAGUUCUGCAAUGGAUGUAGUAUUUUGGGAUUACCCUGUCCAGAAAAUUUUCAGCUACACACCUUUAAAGGAAGAGGUUUCUAUUUCAGAUGAAACUUGUAAUUUGGGAUGGUUCUUCCUUUGUCACUUAAAGGAAGAGAUAGGAAAAGUCUCUUACCCACUUUAAACAUGAGGGUAAAGGUUUAGGUCAAACUUACUGGCUUUGUCAUUCAAACAUAUCUGAAUCCUCACUUUUUUCUCUUUGUUUUUUAGGGUCAGAACUGAGAUAUUACCAAGAAAAGGCACAAUACCAUAAUAUUAUGGUCUUAUGGUAUUUUGACUUAAAGGGGAAAAGGUACUUAAUUUUGGUGGGAUGUUGAUUGUACCUUGUUACAAAGACUCAUUUUCUCAUAUGUUUUCUCCUAAUAAGAUGGAAUAUGGAGUAUACUGUAAUAAUAUAAUUUAAGUGUUCAUUAUAAGCUAUUUGGAUUAAGAACUAUUACAGAGUUGUAAGCUUGUUAUCAAAUUAAUGCAAGACAUUUAAACUAUUUUUUUGCAAAACUAUUUAUUUUUAAAACAACUUAAAGUAUAUCUAGGGUGAGUUAAAAGUCCCUGUGCAUCUAUAUUAGAUGGCAGGUUUUGUCACAGAGUCACUGUGUAUGAAUAAUAAAUGUUGAAACGGCUUCUCCGUGUCUCCAGAAGCAUUUACAUGUCCUCCUUGUGAGAUCAUGGUGCACAGAGGUCUUUGGACUGCCCUGAACCCGUCGUAUGUGGACAUAACCUAUUCCCUGCGUUUUCUUAUCAUGUCAUGUGUUUAAGAUCUACCCGCUGAGUGUCAAGAUUAUUCAGAUUUUCAUCGAAAUGUUUUUAAAAUUGUAUUUUGUGUUUUAGUGGAGGACAGUCUUGAUACUGUUCUAAUUCAGAAAGCCAAAUUUUGAUGCGCUUUUAUAUGUUCAUAAUACAUACUUUAGUAUGCCCUAUUCUAAUCUAGUUUGAAAUUGUCAGAUUCUGAUAGUAUAAUGAUAAAGUCAAACUAUUUGCCAAAAAGUUAAAUUUACAAGCAGAAAGAUGUUUUGCGAUAUUUUCUACUUUCGUGUAGAAAAAUAACCAUUUGGGGUAGGCAGCACAACAAUGUGAAAGAUUGGCUUUAUAUGAUAGUAACACAGUCCGGUUAAAAGUGGAAACAGGGAAAAGAGAGAGAGAAAACUCAUCAUUUAAUUUGGUCUAGACACAAUUCGGUUAAAUUUUAGGAGUCUAUUGGCAGUUAACAUAUAUGACAUGGACACAGCCUAUGAGUGCUUUUUAAAUAUGUGCUUCUAAAAAUCUGAGCUCAAGGCAAGAAAAAACAGGAAAGCUGUAUCCAUUUGCCAUAAUAGAUGAAUCAGAGUUGUUUUCUAUUAAAUAUUUCAUCACAAAAUAUGAUGGAGGCCAGAAGCUAUUUUUAGGCUCACUAUAACACUAUUACGCAUUUUUAUAAAUAAUAAGAAGGCUAUAGAAAGUACUUGAAAAAUAUCUAAUUCUUUCUCUUUCUGUCUGAGGAAAACUCUUUCUACUUGGUGCAAUAAUCUGAAAAUUUAGAAGGUCAAAAUAUGUCACAGGAAAUGAUCAUAGAACUAAAAAUAGUUUUUAAGGAAACCAGCUACACGGGGCAACCAUCUUGCUGUUGAAGAAAAUAAAAUUCCAAAAGGCUAAAUCAUUGGCAUAAAGGAAACAAAACCCAAAGUAUACGUUGUAAUUUUUGAGCCAGUAUUAUUGAAACAGGAUAAAAGUUACUAAAAUCUAACAUAGGUUAAUGCAAUGUCUCUGCUAGUGCUACAGGUCUAAAAUAAUCCUUGUAACAAUGCUUUCAGAAAUGCCAAUUUUAACUACUGUACAUUUCACAUUGUAUAUGGGAGAUAUUGCUUUACGAAUGAAUCAGAAUAAUACAUUUUCAUUUAAAUCUUAAUUGCUUUUCAUCCAAUAUGAAGUCUUAAUUUCAAAAUGAACUCACUACCAGCAAUAGGCAGUUCUCUUGAAUAAUAAGGAACAAUAGCCAGUUCCGUGAAUAACUUUAAAAUUCUAAAAGUGUUAGUACACUAGCAAUCACAAAUUUGGUUUCUUUGAAUACUUUUUUAAUCCUGUAAAGAAGGUUUUUUAUAAACAUUCUUUUUAUUAAUCAGUCAUAACAUGGCAAAGUGUGUAGUUGCUGUUUCUGAAAAGUGAUCCAAACUCUACAUCCAGAGAUUAUGAAAAAUUCUUAUAGAAUUUUGUAAUAAGUAUAUACAUGUUGGGUUAAAGAAAUUUCAUAGUUGUUGGAGUGCCAUGAAAUUAAUACUUGCAAUUCAGAUUGCGGUAGUUUACACUUUUUCUGUAUGUUUCAAAUCAGGUGUGUACCAUUUGUACUGAGAACACCACAGAAUGAAUUAUCCAAAGUCCAUUGAUUUUAAUACGUGUUUUGGUUUGUAAACAGAUUAUAGUAAUUUCUUGCACAUUUUUGGAAAUUAAUUGUAUAAGAAUUUAUGUAUCUGCUUCUAGAUACAGUGUGUAAAUAAAAAAUUUCGUUCACAAGA